UCCCGGGAAGCCGCGAUGUCCCACGAGGAGGCCGGAAGCGACUCCCAGCCGCCGCUGCCGCCUCGCCCGCCCACGGAAGGCUCCAGCAGCUCCAGCGGCACUCCGGGCGCCAGCCAGUCGUCGUCCAGCUCCGGCACCCUCAGCUCCCUGGACACGCUCCCCACGCAGGACCUGCCCACGAUCCCCGAGGACCCGGAGCCCGGCCCGCAGGAGCCUUCGCCGCAGCCCUGGGGCCGCCUCUUCAGCCUGGCCACGGGCUUCCCCAACUGCGACUGCGUGAAAAAUGAGUACUGGUUUGGCAGAGACCUAAAUUGCGACUACAGUUUUGCUAAGCUGAUAGAUCUGACUGAGACAGAGCUCUAUAAACAGUACAGCAAAAGGCACUUCCGCAUCUUCAGAGAACCAGGUCCCGGAAGCUGCCACGUGGCUUAUAUUGAAGACCAAAGUGCCAAUGGGACUUUCAUCAAUGGAAAGCAAAUUGGGAAGGGCAAGAAGCUUCCCUUGGCAAAUGUUGCUGAAAUCUCCCUCUCCCUGCCCCACAACAAAGUAUUUGUGUUCUCUGACCUCAUGGGAAGUGAUCAUCAGCUGGAGUAUCCCAAGGAGCUCACAGACAAAUAUAUCAUAUCAAAAACGUUGGGCACUGGUGCCUGUGGAGAAGUGAAGCUGGCCUUUGAAAGGGACACCUGUAAGAAAGUGGCCAUAAAAAUAAUAAAUAAACGGAGGUUUAUGGCAGAUGUUUUGCCGGAGAAUCAGGACAAGCCUUUUAAUGUGGAAACGGAAGUGGAGAUUCUGAAGAAGAUUGACCAUCCUUGCCUUAUCAAGAUAAUAGACUUCUUUGAAGGAGAAGACUUUUACAUUGUUUUGGAAUUGAUGGAAGGUGGAGAGCUAUUUGACAAGGUUCUGCGUCCAGCAAGACUGAGUGAAGCAACAUGCAAACUUUAUUUCUAUCAAAUGCUUUUGGCUGUGCAGUAUCUUCAUGAAAAAGGCAUUAUUCACCGGGACCUGAAACUGGAGAAUGUGCUGUUGUCAUCUACUGAGGCAAAUUGCCUUAUAAAGAUAACAGAUUUUGGUCAAUCCAAAAUUCUUGGAGAAACAUCCCUUAUGAAAACAUUAUGUGGUACACCUGACUAUCUUGCUCCCGAAGUUCAAAAUUUUGCUGAGACAGGAGGUUAUGGGCGCUCAGUGGACUGCUGGAGUCUGGGAGUCAUUCUCUUUAUUUGCCUCUCCGGAUAUCCACCCUUCUCUGAUAAAAAUGCUCGUCUGUCUCUGAGGGAGCAGAUCGCCCAGGGAGAAUAUUACUACUGUGCAGAAAUAUGGCAGCAUGUGUCAGAGGAGGCCUUUGACCUUGUGCAGAAGUUGCUAGUGGUGGAUCCACGGAAGCGUCUUAAAAUAGAAGAGGCUUUAGAACAUCCCUGGCUUCAGGAUGAAAACAUGAAGCACACUUUUCAACGGUUAAUCACUCCAACACAGGAGCCUGUGCCUGCAUCAGAGGCGUCAACUUUGCCACCCACCAGCAGGAGGAAACGGCGCCACCCUCAGGAGCAGGCUGGUCCCUCCAAGGUGCAAAAAAUGAAGAUGGCUUCUUAAGGGCUGUUUUUU